AUGAAACUACCUCUUGAGAUCGUCCACCGAAUACUGCUUUACGUUGAUUCAACGGAUGACAAACGCACGUGUCUCUUAGUAUGCAGGUUGUGGUACAACAUUGUCAAGCGGAUCUUGUACAAGCAUGUCAACCUUCGGUCUCCAAGGCAACUUGUAUACUUUGUAUCAGCACUUGACUCAGCCCCUUCUGUUGGAGAAUACGUACGUGGAUUGGCAAUCGGAUACGACAUUCGGCCAUCAGCAAACGAUUUCGACGUUAUCACUCGCACGUGUCGUCAUUUGGAAGCGAUCGACUUUGCACAAUGGCAAUGGGAAGCACUGAAUGAGAAGCAAUUUCAUCGAUGGUCGCAUAUUACACAAGUACCAGCUAUCAGUAGCAGACGUGUUUUGGGAUGGAUUGGAGAUCAUUCGAUGCUUCAGCACUUGCAUCUCAUGGAUCAAUGUCUCACCAAUGCAGCAGAUCUUGUGGCACGUGUCCCGCACUUGAAACAUUUGACGCUUCAGUCAUCAACAGAACAUUCAUGCAUCCAUUUGAUGCCUAUCAUCAUCAACGCUUCAGCAGAGGGGAGGACUACUACUCUCCAAUCAUUGACAUUGAAAGGAAGACCUAUUUAUGUCAUCGAUGAUGUUGUGCACUUUCCACCUUCUCUAAUCGAUUUAUCCUUGGUCAACGUUAACUUUGGUGGAGACCUUUGUUUGACACCACAAAUGGAGCGACUUCAUGCAUACGACACUACCAUCAGAAAGGAAGCUCGAUAUGAAACAACAGGGUCGAUAUCAAGUCUGGAAUCCUUGUCCAUUGAUCCCACAAGCACUCUUUCCCUAAGACCAUUCCUUGAUCUCGUGGAUACACAACGAUUAAAGAAGCUCAGUAUGUCAACACCAAAGGAUAUCAUAGCUGGUCCCCCGAGUCAGAAUACAAUCAAAGCAUCUGCAUAUGAUGUUAUCCUGAAAUCUUGUUUUACGCAUGGCGAUGCAACACCUAUCAUCCAGUGGGCUGGCAAGGUACUCACAUACCUCGAGCUGAAUGGCGCCAAGGUCGAUAUCAAGCGAUUGGUCUAUGAUGAAGAAUCUUUACCACACCUUCAGCAUCUCGUUAUCUCGUCAAGGCUAUACGAUGAGAAUCAUAAUAGUAUAGCGCAGCUGCUGCAGCCACUGCUAUCCUAUUCACAAGAUGUACCGCCCAGCAGGCUAUUGGGGACUUUGGAACUGAAUAAUUCAUUGAUUGAAGACCUUGGCAGCAUGGUCCAAUGGACAAGACGGCUGAUAGUCCACAAUUGUACCUGUCGUAUUCCACCAGGCAUCGGCUUAACGAUAUCACAUCAUCGCCUUGAUACGCUUCGGAUUUCAGAUACCCGUUUCACCUAUGAAUUGUAUCACGUUGAUCAUAUCAUGGACAUUAAUUGCAGACUGAUUGGCAUUAUUGAUGAGCAAGCACAAGACGACGACGACGACGACUACUACUCCUACCGCAACAUCACUGAGUUUUAUCACACAUGUUCCAACACUUAUGACCCCAUUCAACGCUUAACGUCUGAGCACGCCGAAUCGGUACUACGUUCUCAUUACAUAUGCAAGGAUCAGUGGAAAUAUAAUCCGUUUAUUGUAAUUGAACAACUACGAGACCAAGUAUUCAGAAGCAUUUGUGGACGUGAGAAUCAUUUUGGAUUUAUUGCUAUCAAGCGACAUCGUAUCCAAGAACUUCGUUUCAAUGACCAGCUGGUUAAACCUAUCCCAGAAAGCGGUAUCUAG